GCCCGGCAUGAAGGAGAUCCUGCUGAUGGGCUUCUACCAGCCCCACGAGGCCCUCAGCCGCUUCCUGGUGUCAGCACAGCAGGAGUUCAAGAUCCCCAUCAGGUAUCUCCAGGAGUACGCGGCGCUGGGCACGGGUGGUGGCAUCUAUCACUUCCGAGACCAGAUCCUGUCGGGUGGUGCUGAGGCCUUCUUUGUCCUCAACGCGGAUGUGUGCUCAGAGUUCCCCUUGCAGGAGAUGCUGGAGUUCCGGCAGCAGCACGGGGAUGCGCACAGCUUUGUCAUUCUGGGUACCACAGCCAACAGGACGCAGGCGCUGAAUUACGGCUGUAUUGUGGCAAACACGGACACGCAGGAGGUCCAGCACUACGUGGAGAAGCCCAGCACGUUUGUCAGUGAGAUCAUUAACUGUGGCAUCUACCUGUUCACACCUGCCAUCUUCCAGCACAUUGGCGAGGUCUUCCAGAGGAACCAGCAGGAGCUAAUGCUCUGUCCUUACCUUGGAGAGGAGAGCUCCAAUGGCUGGCAGCGUGCAGAAGUGAUCCGGCUAGAGCAGGAUGUUUUCACGGCGUUGGCUGGGAGCGGCAAACUCUACGUCUACAAAACCGAUGGCUUCUGGAGCCAGAUCAAAUCAGCUGGCUCUGCUAUCUAUGCUAGCCGCCUUUACCUGAACCAGUAUAGCAAAAGCCACCCAGAGAGGCUGGCCCAGAACAAGCCUGGAGGCCCAAUCAUCCGAGGGAACGUGUACAUCCACCCAACGGCCUCCAUUGAUAGCACUGCGGUGCUGGGCCCCAACGUCUCCAUUGGGGAGGGGGUGACAGUGGGAGCUGGUGUGCGUGUGCGUGAGUCCAUCGUCCUGCACGGCGCCUCACUCCAUGACCACACCUGUGUUCUCAAUACCAUUGUGGGCUGGGACAGCACCAUUGGGCGCUGGGCCCGGGUUGAAGGAACACCCAGUGACCCCAACCCCAAUGAUCCCUAUGCCAAGAUUGACAGCGAGACCCUCUUCCGGGAUGGGCGCCUCACACCAUCCAUCACAAUCCUAGGCUGCAGUGUCACCAUCCCUGCUGAGGUGGUUAUUCUCAACUCCAUUGUCCUUCCUCACAAGGAGCUGAGCCGCAGCUACAAGAACCAGAUUAUCCUGUGA